GCACAACAAGUGAAGCGUUUGAAAAAAAUGAGUUUAAAAUUUUCUGGUCUAUUGGUUUUGGGGUCACUGCUAUUGUCAUCAGCGUUGGGGUCAAUUAUAAAUGUGACCUCGGCCGCGGAGAGCCCAACUAAACUAAAUUCCACCACCUCCGCCAAUGUGACAGUGGACAAUACAAUUUUCAAAUUGCCCAGUGAAAUUGACGAGGAUGAGCUGUUGCAUGAAACCGGUCUCUUUAUGCAGAGUCUUAUGAAUUUGGAUGUGGAUCCCUGUGAGAAUUUCUAUGAAUUUGCCUGUGGUAAUUGGAGGACAAGCGAGCGGGUGCCAUCUUCGGGUCGUAAGGAUUCCAUGCUAAGGGUUAUACAAAGUGAAAUUAACGAUUUGAUUGUGGCCUUUUUGAAAAAUAAUACCAAGGAGGGGAAGAGUGCCGAGGGAAAGGCCAAAAUAUUUUAUGCAUCCUGUGUGACGGGCGGCAAGGAUAUCAAUGUGGGUCUGAAGACCAUGCUGGACAAUGAAAAGGAGAAUUUUGGAAAACUGAAAUUGACUGGAAAGAAUGAUUGGAUUCCGGUGAAUUUUAUGUCCCCCUAUACCGUUUUCCCCCUUCUACCCUUGAGUGUGAACUACAGUACCUUUAGUCGGCAGUUUGAGAUUUCCAUUAACCGGCCAAUUGCCGCCUUAAAAUCUUUCUACAAUACCUCUCAGGCCGAGGAAUUGUUGCAGAAGAUGGGUCAAGUGGUCUCGGAAUUUAAAACCAUGUUGGAGUUCGAAAAGAAUUUGACAUCCAAGGUACCUACCAAGGAUUUUGCCGAAAGGAUGCCACUGCAGGAUUUUUUGGUUCAGCAUCAAAAGGAUCCCAUUGAUUGGAAUUUGAUUUUCAAAACUGCCUUUGGAGACAAUACCCAAAGGGAAUGGUAUGUUAACAAUCAAAUAUCCAAUUUCACCGACUUGGAAAGAUUCCUAAGGAAAUCGCCCACAGAAAAUCUGCGUAAUUAUGUAAAAUGGCGUACCCUGGUAAAGUUCUACAAGAUCUGGAAAACAGAGUUACCCAACGAUGAGAAGCGGGAACAAGUUUGCCGUCAACACACCGAAUCCUAUUUCACCUAUGGCAUAUUACCCUGGUUCAUUGAAUAUCUCUACGAUGCCGAGCGACGUGAGGACUCUCUACUCAUUGCCCAAACCAUUCUGCAGGGCUUCCUAAACAUGACCGAAAAUUAUGGGUGGUUAGAUGAGGAUACCAAAUCGGAAAUUGCUUCGAAACUCCAGGCCAUGGACAUUAUGGUGGGCUAUAAGGAUGAUAUGCGUCAUCGCCAGAUGGGUGAUCAAAUUUACAAUGACUUGGAAAUCAAUGGAGAUUGGUUCAAGAAUUUGCUAACUCUGGAAGCCAAUCAUGCCCGCAUUAGACUACAUUCCGUUCACAAGACUGUGGUGCCACCCAUUCUCUCGCCCUUCAGUGUCAAUGCCUUCUAUGCCGAUUACAUCAACACCGCCUUUGUGACCAUGGGUAUCUCCCAGAUGCCUCUCUAUCACACCCGUUUCCCUGCCUCCCUCAAGUAUGGGGGCCUUGGAAUGUUGAUAGGCCACGAAAUGGCCCAUGCCCUGGACUCGAAUGGCUAUCAUGUGAAUUAUGAGGGUAAACCCUACAAUUGGUCUUCAUCCUCUCUAAGGCACUUCCAACAGAAAAUUCGCUGCCUGGAAAAUCAAUAUAACAAGUUUAUUUAUCAUGGCAUACAAACGAAUGGCUCAGCCACAAUGCCGGAUAAUAUUGCUGACAAUGCUGGGACCCGUUUGGCCCAUCAUUCCUAUAUGGAUUUAUAUGGGCGCAAUGAGGGCCUGGAGAAGCCGUUACCAGGUCUGGAGUUUACCAACAAUGAAUUAUUUUUCAUUAAAAUGGCCCAGACAUGGUGUUCGGGGAGGGAUGAUUCUUAUAAACUGCUACAUAUGAAGACCGAUGCCCAUGCCUAUGCGGAGUUUAGGGUAUUGGGGCCUCUGCGUAACAUGCCGGAAUUUUCCGAAACAUUCCAAUGUAAAUUGGGCUCACAAAUGAAUCCCCUCAAGAAAUGUGUUGUGUGGUAA